UAGCCACACAGUUUUAGAUGUGUUUCAUAUGUGUUGAUUUCUCUUCUAAAUGACAAGAUGAGAAUUUAAUCUGUUUGAAUAAUGCUUCAUAUACAAUCCUUUAACUAUUUUCAUGUUGUCUGCUUGUGGUACUUUAGAAUUUCAUAUCUUUCUGCACAUCCCAAAGGCAUCUGCACUCUCCAUUAAAUGUUGUUUUUCCUCAGAAUUCAGUCACCUUCAAAAAAAACAAACAAACAAACUAGAGAAUGAAGGGGCUGCAGAUUGCCACUUUAAUACACUAAAUUGUGAAUUGAUCAGCCCAUUCUGGAAAUCACUUUAGAAUUAUGCUCAAUAAAUGACUAAAAUACCCAUAUCCUUUAACUCCAAGAUCCCACUGUAAGACAUAGAUGUCUAAAGACAAAAAGAGAAGUUCCAUAUAUACCAGUAAGUCAUAGCUGCGUUUUUUGAGGUUGCAAAGAAGAGAAAAAAGAUACAUAGUUCUGAUUGGAGUAAGUUGGGACAUGGAUUUAGGAUAUUUAACAAAAUAACAAGAUGAUAAAACGUAGAUAACGUCACAUUUUAAAACUGUUUGAAUUUGAUACCAUUAGCAAUACCAUGGGGUUAAAUGACUAACCAAGGUCACUGCUUGCAUUUAUUGAAAGUAAAUCUUCCUGGCUUUGAGCUCUGCUCUGUAUAUCACAUGUUGAUUGGAGAAUAGCUAAACAAAUCGUGGCAUAAAAAACAGUGCAAUAUUAUGUGCCAUAAAAAGUGAUGACUAUGAAAAAUUCAGAGAAGCCCUGGAAGAUUUAUAUGAACAGUGAAGAAAGCAACUCCAGAAAAACAGUAUACAAAACGAUUGCAACAAUGUAAAUGUUUAAAAAAACUAUCUACAUAUGAUCAAGAGUGACUCCAGAGAAGAGAAACUGCCCCCUGCCUUUAAAAAGUUAUAGAAAGGACUGUGGGUAUAGACGUAGGCUGUUGGAGUAAGUUGGUAAAAAAAAAAAAAAAAAAAAAAGAAGAAGAAGAAGAAGAAGAAAAAAGUUGGUUAAUUUUGGAAAUUUUUUAAAAAUUUGCAUUGUAAAAAGAAAUGACUGGCUAUAUAAGGGAAGGAUAUAAUUAGGAAUGAAAAAAAAAUUAAAGAGUGUGCUCAUAAAUAUAUUUUUCCUAAUUCUUAGUAGGAAAAAAUAUUGAAGUGAGCAUAUAUUUCUUUUGUUUGUAGAAUUUCCCCAAACUCAAGGAUUAUUGGAUUUUGAAAAGAAUUAUCAUUUAUAGAACAAAUAAUUAAUAGAAUCAGGUGGGGGGGAUUAGGAAGGAAAUUCAAGUCAGUUAAUUUUUGAGUUUGAGACAUUGUUAUAUGUAAUCUUGCAUUUGAUGCUAAAUCAGUUGUUUGUUUUUUUAAAGGUUGCUUAUAUUUUGAGAUUGUAAACUCUUGGCAGAACUUUAAUUUGUCUUAAAAAAAAAAACCUCUCUUACAGAUUAUGAUGCAUGAUUAUCACAGAAGAAAUUCAUGUCUAUAGCUUUUAAGGACUUGAUUACAUCAUUUUCAAGCCUGAUAGUUUUGGAAUCACCAUUGCAGCUUUAAACACAUCUGCCUUUAUUCAGCCCCCUGUCUUCAUACAAGAAGAUACAGAAUCGUGUGCUGCAUUUUCACACUCCAGUUCCCUUGGAUUAUUAACAAAUCUCCUGGCAUAAAUUCUCACAAAUAUAUUAGUAGCCAAACCUACAUUUAAAAAUGAUUCCCAAUGGAUAUUUAAUGUUUGAAGAUGAAAAUUUUAUUGAGUCUUCAGUUGCCAAAUUAAAUGCUUUGAGAAAAAGUGGCCAAUUCUGUGAUGUUCGACUUCAGGUCUGUGGGCAUGAGAUGUUGGCACACAGAGCAGUGUUGGCUUGCUGCAGUCCCUACUUAUUUGAAAUCUUCAAUAGUGAUAGUGAUCCUCAUGGAGUUUCUCAUGUUAAAUUUGACGAUCUCAAUCCAGAAGCCGUUGAAGUUUUGUUGAAUUAUGCCUACACUGCUCAAUUGAAAGCUGAUAAGGAGUUAGUAAAAGAUGUUUAUUCUGCAGCUAAGAAGCUAAAGAUGGACAGAGUAAAGCAGGUUUGUGGUGACUAUUUGCUAUCCAGGAUGGAUGUUUCAAGCUGUAUCUCUUACCGGAAUUUUGCAAGUUGCAUGGGAGACUCACGUUUGUUGAAUAAAGUUGAUGUUUAUAUCCAGGAACACCUAUUACAAAUUUCAGAAGAAGAGGAAUUUCUUAAACUUCCACGGCUAAAAUUGGAGGUCAUGCUUGAAGACAAUGUCUGCCUACCUAGCAAUGGCAAAUUAUAUACAAAGGUAAUCAACUGGGUGCAGCGUAGCAUCUGGGAGAAUGGAGACAGUCUGGAAGAGCUGAUGGAAGAGGUUCAAACGUUGUACUACUCAGCUGAUCACAAGCUGCUUGAUGGGAAUCUACUAGAUGGACAGGCUGAGGUGUUUGGCAGUGAUGAUGACCACAUUCAGUUUGUGCAGAAAAAGCCACCACGUGAGAAUGGCCACAAGCAGAUAAGUAGCAGUUCAACUGGAUGUGUCUCUUCUCCAAAUGCUACGGUACAAAGUCCUAAACAUGAAUGGAAAAUUGUUGCUUCAGAAAAGACUUCAAAUAAUACUUACUUGUGUCUUGCUGUGCUGGAUGGUGUAUUCUGUGUAAUUUUCCUUCAUGGACGCAACAGUCCACAGAGUUCACCAACAAGUACUCCACGACUGAUUAAAAGUUUAAGUUUUGAGUUGCAACCAGAUGGCCCGGUAGAAAAGCCCAUGUCUCCCAUGCACUAUGCUCGAUCUGGUCUAGGAACAGCCGAAUUGAAUGGCAAACUGAUAGCUGCAGGUGGCUACAACAGAGAAGAAUGUCUUCGCACAGUUGAAUGCUAUGAUCCACAUACAGAUCAUUGGUCCUUCUUGGCUCCCAUGAGAACACCAAGAGCCCGGUUUCAAAUGGCAGUGUUAAUGGGCCAGCUCUAUGUGGUUGGUGGUUCAAAUGGCCACUCUGAUGACCUGAGUUGUGGAGAGAUGUAUGAUCCAAACAUAGAUGACUGGAUUCAAGUUCCUGAAUUGAGAACAAACCGUUGUAAUGCAGGGGUCUGUGCUUUGAAUGGAAAACUAUACAUUCUUGGUGGCUCUGAUCCAUAUGGUCAGAAAGGACUAAAAAAUUGUGAUGUGUUUGAUCCUGUAACAAAGUCAUGGACCAGCUGCGCUCCCCUUAACAUUCGUAGACACCAAUCAGCAGUAUGUGAGCUUAGUGGUUAUUUAUACAUAAUUGGAGGAGCUGAGUCUUGGAAUUGCUUGAAUACAGUAGAACGCUACAACCCAGAGAAUAACACCUGGACACUGAUUGCAUCUAUGAAUGUGGCUAGACGUGGAGCUGGAGUAGCUGUUCAUAAUGGAAAGCUAUUUGUUGGUGGAGGCUUUGAUGGUUCUCAUGCUGUCAGUUGUGUAGAGAUGUAUGAUCCAGCUAGAAAUGAAUGGAAGAUGAUGGGAAACAUGACUUCACCAAGGAGCAACGCUGGCAUUGUCGCUGUGGGGAACACCAUUUAUGCAGUGGGAGGAUUUGAUGGCAAUGAAUUCCUGAAUACUGUGGAAGUCUAUAACCCUGAGUCAAAUGAAUGGAGCCCCUAUACAAGGCUUUUCCAAUUUUAACAAUUUUAAGGCCCUUUCCAAACUAACAGGCUUAGUGAUGUAAUUGUGUUUAGUAGAGGUACAGUUGUGAAUAGGGUGGGAUCGGGGGUGGGGGAGGGUAUAUAGAAGUUGCUAACAGCAACACAAAGCUUUUGCAUAUUGCAUACUAUAAUAUGUGCUGUACAUAAUUUUUUGUGUUUAUUUGAAAAGAAUGCCAACAUGAAGGUUUGUUUUGUGUAUUUUUAGAAUUUUUUUGGUUACUUUUAUCUUUUUGAAAGUUGACAUUGUAAAAAAAAAAAAUAAACUUAAGAAUUGAUUGGGCAUAUCAUUUCAAGAGUUUCCCUCUUCUCCACAUUUGUUUUGCCAAUUUGCACAUGAAAUGACUUUCUCCUUUGAAUGUGUUUUAUGGGGCAAGAGGGAAUAAGGUAUUGGGAUGUCAGCAAAUUUUUUUUCCCAGGCCCCUUUUUUCAAUAACAAUUCUAACAAAAAAAAAAUCCUUAUUUAAAUAUAUUACAAUGCUAUUUUUUUUAAAGAAAGCUGACAUGCCUAACAAGAAUUAAUCUUUUAUGAUUGCCUUUUUAUAAAAACUUUUUAUAUUCUCAGCAGAGUACUUUUAUCUGUUGAUAUGAAAAGUGGCAGAUUCAAAUUAUUGAAGCAGAGGGAGAAUCUUAGAAUGGGCCAAGAGGAAGGCUUUUCCUUCAACUCCUAGAAUGCUAACUUCUAAGCCUUGGCCUCAGCUGCAACUUUUUUUGUUGUUUUGUUUUGUUUGUAUGCAACACUUUCAUUAUUUGAAUAGGGUUCUGAACAGUAACAUAGCUGAUUACAAUAGAGUGGAAAUAAUUCUGGCUUUAAGUAUUUUGAUUUGGGUUGAGGAGUAUUUUGUACAAGACUCAUUUAAGCUAAGUGAAAGAUAGUGAAAUGUUUUCUUUUCAAAGUAAUCAUCUUAAAUAGUACAAUUAAUCCCCAAAUGGCAGCCCUUGCUCAUGAAAUAUUUAAUGCACACUCUACUAGUUUUUUGGAAACAACCUUAAGCAGAACUAUGUUUUUGUUUUAUGGAUAAAUUUGGGAUACUUGGGUGUCUAAUGUGUAAUGCUGCACAUCUAACCAAGGUGCCAAAAUUGGCACUUUCUAAUGCUUUACUGCUGAUGCAAACACAUUAAAGGUACCUUGCAGGAAAUCCUUGUACCAUGGAAUUAAAAUCAGAACAUGA